AGCUGGCGGCAGAGUUCAGCCGCAGGAGAGUGGAGGAUGCGCAUGCCAUUGUCGACAUGAGCACAGACCUCAGGCUGCUACCUCGAGGACCAGUUGGGAUCCUGCAGAUGACCCUCUUGACAAGCCUUGGCGGGCUGUUACCCGGCUUGUUUGGACGGACUUCGUAUCAGCUGCUGUGGUCGCAUGUCCCGUUCAAGAGCAUCAUGCAGAAGAAGCGGGUCGAGGACACAGUCUUCGCCGUGGCCCUUGUCGCCCCCGUUGCGGCUCUCUUGUUUGUUUUAAAGAGUGUCUAGUCCAACUCAUAAUACGACUAGGGUUUGUGGCGAGAGGGGGAGCUAUGUCGCAAGCGGAGGACGCAGCUACGCCGCAGGCGGAGAAGCAGGAGCAGAAGCCCGCCGAGGGCGUCCACAUCAACGUCAAAGUGAAGAGCCAGGAUGGGAACGAGGUGUUCUUUAGGAUCAAGAAGAACACCCAGUUCAGGAAGCUGAUGACCGCCUAUUGCCAAAGGCAGUCGGUGGAAGCUGAUGCGAUUGCCUUUUUGUUUGAUGGGCGCAGGCUCCGCGCGGACCAGACACCCGAGGAGCUGGAAAUGGAAGACGGCGACGAAAUCGACGCCAUGCUCCAUCAGACCGGGGGCGCCUCGUAAGCUCCUCUCGCACAUUUGUUGUCAAGCCUCUGGUUUCUAAUUGGUAUGUAGCUAAGGACUUCCGUUUCUUAUUGUCUAUUAUUAUGCACCUGUAAUCACAGCUCCUCUAGCUUUCAGGCUGAA